AUGUCUCAUUUCGAAGAACUGCUGCAAUGUCCAUACAAUCGCUCACACCGCAUUCUGCCUCAUGCAAUGCAGCGACAUCUAUUCAAGUGUAGGAAAAAUAAUCAUUCAACAAAGCUAGUAUGCUGUCCAUUCAACACGAUCCACCGCGUACCAGGGCCGGAACUGAAGUUACAUAUAGACAACUGUGACGAUCGUGCAACGUUCGAGCUGUACAAAUACUGCAUAUCGAGUUAUGCGUCCAACAACAGUAAGGAUUAUAAAGACGAAGAACCUGAGCUGAUCUAUCAUCAUGCUAUCCCUACAGAAGGGACGGGCAAAACCCUUUUAGAGGAAGACGAAUGCUGGGACAAUUCAAAUGUUCCUACAUACAAUCCACAGCAGUAUUGCAAAACUGCUAAAGUCAUCCGCAAGGCAACCCUUAUGAAGCCGUCGGAUAAGCAAAAGUUUCAUCACGAAGAACAACGAAGGCACAAACAACUAGAAAAUGUGUCGGAAAAGAACAACAACAACAUGAAUUACGACAAACCCUCCUUCAUGGGCUAUCGUGGUUCUGUUCCGGAGUCGAAAUAUUACAACGGGGAGCCGCUCAAGGCUCCUGGGAAAACUCUACAAGAUGAUGACGAGUCUACUCUCAUGAAACCAUCGCAGAAAAAAGAAUUUUAUUACCAGGAAAACCAACGUUUGAGAGAUCUUGAUAGCAACUCGCAUCCAGUUAAGAAUGAUGUCGAUGAGAUCAGUGCCAAAUUUACGCGGAAUAUGAAUAUUAAGUGCAAAUAA